UGUAGAACGGUUGGGCCGGGUGGCAGUGAAGGUGAAGCAUUAGAACGCGUAAUGAUUCGAGCGGGACCUUCCAUAUUUUGAACUUUCACUAUUUUGUCUUUUUGUUUCAAUUGUCCUUUCGAAAUUUCCAUUUCGCAAUUCUCUACAUUACGAGUGUGGAUCCAGUGACCCACUAAGCUACAGAUCCCUUACGGUCACACUACUUCUAGUCUAACCACUGCCGGCAAAUCCCAUUCACAUGCUUCAGAUCUGUUCAUCUUUUCUCGAAAUUUCAUUGAUCUCAACUUAUUUCCCCAAUUUUUAGUUUUUUAAACACUCCUAUUUUGCACCAGUUCGCGUGUUUGGGGUGUCAAUUGAUCAACUAACUAUGCGUUAAUUUGGGAAUUUUUCGGUACUGGAGUGAAAUUAGCUGCCAUUUUUUGGGAAGUUGGAAACCCUAGUUCCGAUAAUGGCAGGGCCCGUACAGCCAGAAGCUAUACUGGAAUGGCUUCAGAAGGAGAUGGGUUACCAACCUUUAGGUUCAUACGCAGCUUCAAGCAAAGCAGCAAUGCCUACUAUCGAUUCGCUUCGCAAGAUUUGCCGUGGGAACAUGUUACCGAUUUGGAAUUUCCUUUUGAACAGAGUGAAAUCCGAGAAAACUGUUGAAAAAAUCCGCCGCAAUAUCCUCGUGCACGGAAAAGAUGAUGAAAAUGUUAAUGCUGUUGAUUCAGGGAGGAGUAAAGGGAAGAAGAAGGAGAAGGUAGGGGGAGUGGGUAGGGACAAUGGUUCGGGUGAGAAUAGUAGGGAAUUUGCAUUGCAGGAAAGAGACUUGGCAGAGAAAGAGGUGGAAAGGCUAAGGCAGAUAGUGAGGCGUCAGAGGAAAGAGUUGAAGGCAAGGAUGUUGGAGGUCUCGAGGGAGGAGGCUGAGCGUAAGCGCAUGCUUGACGAGAGGUCUAACUAUAGACAUAAACAAGUAAUGCUGGAGGCUUAUGACCAACAGUGUGAUGAAGCUGCAAAAAUAUUUUCGGAGUACCAUAAACGUCUAAGUUAUUAUGUUAGCCAAGCAAGGAAUGUUAAGCGGUCUAGUGUUGAUUCUUCUGCGGAGGUGGUUACUACUUUUCAUGCAAAUGAGAAAGAAUCUGUUUAUUCAACUUUUAAAGGAGCCAAAAGUGCAGAGGAUGUCAUUCUCAUUGAAACAACGUGGGAAAGAAAUAUCAGGAAGGCAUGUGAGUCUCUUGCUAUGCAGAUGGCUGAAAAGAUUCACAACUCUUUUCCUGCUUAUGAAGGGAACGGAAUCCAUAUGAAUUCUCUGUUACAAGCUGCCAAGUUAGGUAUUGACCUUGAUGGUGAUUUGCCCGAUGAAGUAAGAGAUGCAAUUGCAAGUUGCCUGAAAAGUCCUCCUCAGUUGCUACAGGCAAUCACUGCAUAUGCUCAAAAGCUGAAGACUUCGAUUACUCGAGAAAUAGAGAAAGUUGAUGUUAGAGCUGAUGCAGAGAUUCUAAGGUACAAGUAUGAGAAUGACAGAGUAAUGGAUGCUUCUUCUCCUGAUGUAACAUCACCUUUACAGUAUCAGCUUUAUGGCAAUGGCAAAAUUGGAGGUGAUACGUCUUCAAGAGGGACUCAAAAUCAACUUCUUGAGAGACAGAAAGCACAUGUUCAGCAAUUCAUGGCUACCGAAGAUGCAUUGAAUAAAGCCGCAGAAGCAAGAAAUAUGAGUCAACAGCUUUUAAAGCGUCUGCAAGGAACUGGUGAUGCAAUCUCUUCACACUCACUAGUAAUUGGCGGAACAUCAAAGAGUAUGAGCAGCCUCAGACAACUUGAGCUGGAGGUCUGGACAAAGGAAAGAGAAGCAGCUGGAUUAAGAGCUAGCGUGAACACUCUAAUGUCUGAAAUACAACGUUUAAAUACAUUGUGCGCAGAGAGAAAAGAAGCUGAAGAUUCUUUGAGAAAGAAAUGGAAGAAGAUCGAAGAAUUUGAUGCUCGGAGAUCAGAGCUUGAAUCUAUUUAUAGUGCCCUACUGAAGGCAAGCAUGGAUGCUGCAGCAUUUUGGAGUCAGCAGCCAUCAGCUGCAAGGGAGUAUUCAUCAAGUUCUAUAAUUCCUGCUUGCACUGUGCUUGUCGAUUUAUCAAACAGUGCAAAAGAUCUUAUUGAGCAAGAAGUUUCAGCAUUUUAUCAAACUCCUGAUAAUACACUUUACAUGCUUCCAUCAACACCCCAGGCUCUAUUGGAAUCUAUGGGUGUUAGUGGAUCUACUGGACCAGAAGCUGUUGCUGCUGCUGAAAAGAAUGCUGCUAUGUUGACAGCUAGGGCUGGUGCGAGAGACCCGUCUGCAAUUCCAUCUAUAUGCCGUAUUUCUGCUGCUCUACAAUAUCCUGCAGGUUUGGAUGGCUCAGAUGCCGGCUUAGCAGCAGUUAUAGAAUCUUUGGGAUUUUGUAUGAAGCUUCGUUGUUCUGAAGCUUCUAUAUUGGAAGACUUGGAAAAGGCAAUCAACUUGGUUCACACACGACGAGAUCUUGUUGAAAGUGGUCGUGCCUUAUUAGACCAUGCUUACAAGGCACAAAAUGAGUAUGAAAGGACGACAAACUACUGCUUAAAUCUGGCUGCUGACCAAGAGAAGACAGCGACUGAGAAUUGGCUACAUGAAUUGGAUGUAGCUAUUGAUAAUGCUAAACACUGCCUUGACGAGGAAUGCAAGUAUGUUCGGGGCCUGGUAGAUGAAUGGUGGGAACAACCAGCAUCAACUGUAGUUGACUGGGUUACUGUUGAUGGACAGAAUGUUGCUGCAUGGUGUAAUGAUGUGAAGCAGCUUAAGGCAUUUCAUGAUCAGCAACUUCGUUGAAUUCGAUUCUUUGGCAGCUGUUACACUAUGUCUGUAAAUUUUCCUUUUCUCGCUUGCUAGUUCUCUGCAACUUCUUGGGGGUUUUGGUAUUCGUCGAUGCUGGGUUUCUUGCAGCAGCAGCAACAAAGCAGGUCACCUGCAAACCUAGGCGGCAGUUGUGGAAGAACAAUUGAGACUUCAACCUAGACCUAGGGACUGUAAGAAAUUUUGAGCCAACACUAGUCCGGGGUUUGGGGGUGGGGGGGAAUUUGUUCGAGGUUGAAAUGCAGGUCCAGUGCAAUAUCUUCUUGUUGCAUUUCUUAUUUUGUACAGAAAUUCUUGUGUUAUUUUGAAAAAGAAAAGAAGAACAGCUUACGUAUGGAAAUCUCAAGGACCCAGUUAUAAGGUGGUCAGCAUGUCACAGUAUGUGAGCCUCGUUAUAUUGUCCUGUAACACGUUCUGAUUGAUGAGACAAAUCGUUAAUGGUACUUUUCUUAAAGAAUUUGGUAACUGAACCAAAGAGUUAACGAAUUAUUAGAUAGAAGCUACAGAUUUUUAAGUUUGAAGUGUAUCUAUUUGUCGAAUGAUGAAUUAAGGGCAGACAUACUAAUUGCAAUUAUAACUUUGUCCAACAUGGAAUAUAUUCCCGAA